AUGAUUGUCGUCAUGAGACAUUUUUCCAAAGGCAUUGCACCCGAUUCCUUAGAUGAUUACACCCAAAUGGGAGCAACCACUAUCUACUUUUAUGCUAAGAAGUUUAUGGAUGCAAUUAUUUGGAUUUAUGAUGGUCGAUACAUGCGUCAGCCUACCACUCAAGAUACAGAAAGUAUUUUGGCAGAAAAUGAAGCUCGAGGAUUUCCUGGAAUGGCGGUAGCUUCAUAUGAUAGAUGGAUCUGUCAUUUCUAUUUUGGGUUGGGUGGGCAGAAAAAUGACCUUAAUGUCUUGCUUACUUCGGGUUUGUUCGAUAGACAAAUUAAUGGUGUAGCACCUUAUUGUCAUUAUCAAAUCAAUGGCAGGAACUACGACAAGGGGUACUACCUAGGAGAUGAAGCAUAUCCUAUGUAUGGUUCCAUGGUGCAAGCAUACAAACCCACCGCAAACAAUAGAGAAUAUAUUUUCAAUUAA